UCACCAUGAGCUGUGAGGUGCACUACGAUGCCGCUUCGCGCACCUGGUUCGGUCCGCGGGGCAAGGACUUCUACGGUCCGGAGAUGACCCUCGGCGAGGUCAUCAUGCGCGUGCUCCAGAUCAACGCCGAUCAGGUGAUGCAGCUGUGCGAUCCCACGGGUCAGGAGCUCACCGGUGGUCAGCUGGCCCAGCAGAGUGCCCGCAUCGCCCAGGCCUUCAAGAGAUUGGGCUUAAGGAGGGGCGAUGUCGUCGGCAUCUCGGCGAAUAACUCCACCUACCUGACCAGCGUGGUCAUCGCGGCCCUGCUCCGUGGAAUACCUAUUAACCCACUGCAUCCGGAGUUUACAGAGGAGACCGUUAAGUACAUGUAUGACAUUACCGAGCCCAAGGUAAUCUUUUGCGAUGUGGAGAACUAUCCCGUUAUAAAGUCGGUUAAUGAGAGGUUAAUCAAUCCCGCCAAGAUUUAUCUGGUCAAUGGAGAAAUAGAUGGAGUACUCGACAUAAGCAUGCUGCUGAAUGAUGAUGAGUGCAUUACGGCUGCUGCUUAUGUACCUUGCCCAAAAUUGCACGGAGAUCACACGGCCUUUAUUGUUUGCUCCUCGGGAACUACGGGGAUGCCAAAGGGUGUGACCCGAUCCCAUCGCAGUUUACUCUGUAAUUGCAAAAACCCCAAUACCUACACCAGGGAUAGUGUUCUGCUCUCGUUCAGUCCCCUCUACUGGAUAUCGGGAACCAUUAUUCUGCUGGCCUCCCUCCUCAACGGCUGUCGUCGGAUCAUCACCCAUCGUCCCUACAGUGUGGAGUAUCUCCUCCAGCUGGUGGCGAAUCACAAGGUGACCUUCCUGUUCCUGGCCUCCCACCAGAUAGCCCUGCUCUCGAAAUACGAGAGUGAUGUGAUGCAGCUGAAGGCACAGCUGCAAUCCGUGAGGGUUCUGAUUGGUGCUGGAUCCAAGGUUUGCAAGGCGGUGUCCCGCCGGAUGUACGAGUUGAUUGGCAGCCAGAGGUUCAUCGUGGGCUAUGGACUUUCUGAGAUGGGAGGGUUGAGCAAAAAUGUGGGUGGCCCAGUGGGUUGUGAGGGCAAGGUGAUGCGAAAUGUGGAACUGCGGGUGCUGGACAAACUGAAGAUGCCACUGGGCAUUAAUGAGGUAGGCAUCGUCUAUGCCCGAUUGCGCUACAAGUGGGAGGGUUACUACCGGAAUCCCGAGGCCACCAGGAGGGCCCUCAGCUCGGAUGGCCUGUGGUUCCGCACCGGGGACAUUGGUUACCUCGACAGCGAGGGUCACCUGUACAUCCAGACCCGCGACACCGACGUCUUCAAGUUCAAUAACUUCCAGAUCUACCCGGAGCAGAUCGAGGAGUUCAUCCUGCGGUUGCCCGGUGUCAAUGAGGCCUGUGUCUUUGGUAUCCCCGACCAUGUGUCCACCAAUCUCACUGCCUGUGCCGUGGUUCGGACUAAAAGUCCCGAGGGAGAGCGCCUCACGGGAGAUCACAUCCGGAAUAUUGUAGAGAGGCACUUGAGUGGAGCGUAUCACAUUCGAGGAGGUGUAUAUUUCAUCGACAGUCUGCCAAAAACACCCAAUGACAAGCUACAGAGGCGAAAAGUCAUGGGCCUAAUUCAGCAGCUCAAAAUCGAAGCUCAAUAA